GAAGCAUUGCAGAAGAGUUCCUGAUCUUCAGUGAUACAGUGAGCAGAUCCACAGGCAGCCAAAGGACAUAAAGACAUUGAUAGUGAAACAUGGACAAAAGAAGAAUAAAGGAAUAUGUCUGUUUUGUUUUAAAACUAUGAAGACGGUCUACAUUUUAUUUCAUCAUCAGCCUAUCAACUUUGAUGUUUUGGACGUUUGACCUAAAAGAGGAAAGAGGAAACCAUUCGCAUUUAAUACAAUUUCUUGAUUUGGUAAAGGGGGGCUAGUUAACUAUUUGCCAAUGACAAAACAAACUGUGACCUCCUUUUAGCUUUGCCAUCACUACCAAGUAUUGGAGUUCUACUCUGCAUUUUUGGACACAGGAUGCCAGCCAAGACUCCCAUGUACUUAAAGACACCCAUGCCGAAAAGGGGCAAAAAGCUAAAUUUAAGGGAUGUUUUAUGCAGUAAUAUGAUUAGCCCUCCACUAGGAGACUUCCGCCACAAUGCCCAUGUUGGGCUUGAGGGUGAAAAUGACAUGUUUGGGGAUGUUGAGUUUUUGCAAGGCAAAACGGAUAUGUUGCCAGCCUCAGCACACCCACCACACCCCUCUUUAAACUACAUAGGCAGUCAUUUUGACCAUACGUUUGAUGGAAAACACAAAGACAUACACUCCCAUUCUAAUUUAAAUCCUAUUUCCCAUCUAAAAAACACCAUCUCAAUGCCCAUUUUUAUUGCUCAUGAGCAGGCUCCACCUAAACCUCCUCGUCUACAUUUAGAAGAAAGUUCUUCUUCUAAGCAGCAGCAAAAGAACCACCAUACUCAACAGCAGCGCUCCAUGUCUGUGUGUGAGGAAGCAGUUGGACACUACAAAGAACCCCUUCAUGACCUCACUAUAAGUACAUCCAUCCCAGUCUUGGAACACCUUGCACCCUCUGCUGUCUACUUCUCUGAGGCCUCCUCAGAUGACUCCAUGUCUGAAGUCUGUGGUCCAUUAGACCCCAAGAGAGGCCUGAGCCUUGACUCUGAUGCAGGCCUGAGCAAUGAAGACCUGCAAAGUGAAUGCAGCGUGUCUCCAGGACUCUCUCCAGUAAUGUCACGCUCAGAGUCUCUCGCUGGCCUGGACCUGGAUCUGGGACCAUCCAUACUAGAAGAUGUUCUUAGGAUAAUGGACCGUUACAAGAGUGAAAAUGUCAGAUGUGAUGAGCUGGCAAAAAUCUUUUAAACUUGGUUGUAAUGGGAUGAGAAGGCCAAUGAGAAACACGAACUUGAUUCAUUAAAAGUGAUCAUUUAUAAAAAGUGAAUUCUACAUUCAUACUGUUAAAGUCUGAACUGGAAAUACAGAUUUGUAUGUUGCUUAUAAUGUAUUUUAUAAUAAUUAACAAUAUGAAGUUCUGCUCUACAUAGUUUGUAAUAUAAAAUAAAGAUGCUUUAUGUUGGCCAGGAUGGCACGAAAUUCAGAACCUAUUCUAUAAACAAGGUGUUUGUAAAUACUUUGAAAUACAUCGUCAGCACAACAGUUUAUUGCAAAGCAAUACACACACAUUCCUUCAAACACACUCAUGCCUAGAGGCAAUUGAAGUUGCCAUUCUACUCAUUGACAGGUUGUUGAAGGUGGGAGGAAAGUGGAGUACCAAUGCAAAGAAGGUGGCAGCAUGUCAAACUCAACACAGAGCCCGGGAUCGAAUAUGGGAUGCUAAAGCUCCGAGGCAGCAAUAUUAAGUGCUAUGCCACUGUUCUUCCAAAAAGCUACUUCCAAAGACCCUGGAAAUUUGGAAGUUUAUUUUUUAUAUAUGACUGUUACCUUAUUUUUCAUAUAUGACUAAUAAAUUAAGAAUACUGACUAAAAUGUGGUUCUGUUAACUUUUACAGCAAGUUUUAUUGAAAUUAGUUUAUAUGUAACUUGUUUAAUGCUUGGCAUUAAAAAUGUAUGCAGUCUGUUAUGUA